AUGAACUUAUUAUAUAAUAAAAUAUUUAGAGCCCUUCGUAGCGCCGUAGCGCGUGGCGUCGUAGCUGUAGGGCGGGCGACAAACGCGCGUGCGUGCGUCAGUGCAAAGCCGGCGGCCGCCGCGUGUCGCCGACCAUCGCGCUCGGCAUGCGAUAUCGAAGCCGCUUACAUCCAUCAAUUAGACUGUACCGUGCGCCCCUGUGCCGGCGGCGGCAUGCUGGGCGCGCGGCUCAAGUCAUGGAUGGAGGCGCAGUUGGGGCGCGCAAAGAAGCGUAAGCAGAAGCAAACGCGGCAAACAGUAGCCCCGACGACCGGGCCUCUUCCUCCUCCUCACUUGUCUUCGCCAGAGAGCGCGUACAGUACAGGAUACUCUACCGACGGCACGUCGCCUGGCGCGCCGCCCGCCACGCUCGCCGCCCCGCUAGUGUCGCCACCGCCGCCGCCUACGCCUCCGACCACGCACCUCUAUCAUGAACCAGCAAAGCGUCGCUCCAGUACCACAGUUAGACGAUGUGUGCCAGAACCAGUUCCAACGAUUUGUGCUACUCCUUCUCCCAGACCAAGGUGUCGAAUUAGGACCAACCCAUGGUUGGGCACUACAUCGCCCAAUGUCAGGAAGAGAGGAGGACCUCACCUUCUCCACCAGCAGUCUCUGCAAUGUCCGCCGCAUCCUCAGUUGCAUCACGCCACAUUUUCCUUGGAUUCACACCCGAAAUAUGCUUCUAGAUCACCGCAUUUAUCUCCCCAUAUAUCUCCUCGUUUGUCUCCGCAUUUAUCUCCACAUUUUUCGCCACGUUUAUCGCCACAUCUGUCACCGGAACCGUACCGUUCUCCAUACUAUAGGGGUGGAGCGUCAAGUGACGAAGAAUGUCGUAAUAUUAAGUCUCGGGGUAGAGAAACGGCUAUUUUAUCUGAUGCCGAUGUGGACUCGGAUGGGGACACAGGAUUGGAUGGAGGGGAUGAAGAUGAACCAGAUAGUAAUGCUUCGCCUGGUAGACGAAGAGCCAGGAGACGAAGACCCCCGAGACGACCACCACGAUCUGCAGGAGCAACACCUCCACGAAUGCGUCGGCGAUGCCACGCGCCUUCCGCCCCACCCGUGAGAGAGCGCGAUCCAUUACUUGAGGCCGAUCGAGAGGCAGAGAGGAAGUACCGGGAACUGAUACGUGAAGCUGAGAAACUCCUUGUCACAGUAUCCAGAGCUCCCAUCGAGCCACCACAUAACCCUAGGGUUAGGGAGCUAAGAGCUACUGAGGUGGAACCCCCCCGACGGAGUCCAGAGCGAACCCACCUCACGAACUUCAUCCGCGCCAACUCCCCCGAGCCGCGGCGCACGCCCGCGCGGCGCUCGCCGCUCGCCGACCCCCCGCCGCCGCCCCCGACCCCGCGCCCCCCGCGCCCCCCGCCUUCCGCCCGCACUCGGAACCCCCCAAGCGGAAAGCGUAUGCAAGGGAUGAGUUUAGAGUUAUCUAGUGGUCCCGAUAAGCAGACGUUGUCGCGCCACAAAAAAAAUAAAAAAUCUGGACCGCAACAACAGCGCCACCUAACGGUCCUAACUAUGGAUGAGAACCCAGGUGACUCCAUAAGAACA